CACCAAAAUACUUGAUAUAUAACCUUAAGAAAACCCUAAUUUUCUUCUUCAAAUUCCGCGCUUAAACCUUUCAGUGACGAGACUCCGCCAAAAUGGUUCAGUACAGGUUUCAUCAAUACCAAGUUGUUGGUAGAGCUCUUCCAACUGAGACAGAUGUCACACCAAAGAUCUACAGGAUGAAGCUUUGGGCUACCAAUGAAGUCCGAGCUAACUCCAAAUUCUGGUACUUUUUGAGGAAGCUGAAGAAGGUUAAGAAGAGUGUUGGUCAGGUUCUCGCCAUCAAUGAGAUUUACGAGAAGGAUCCUACUGUGAUCAAGAACUAUGGCAUAUGGCUGCGUUACCAAAGCAGGACCGGUUACCACAACAUGUACAAGGAGUAUCGUGACACAACCUUGAACGGUGGAGUUGAACAGAUGUACUGUGAGAUGGCUUCUCGUCACAGGGUGAGGGCACCUUGCAUUCAAAUCAUCAAGACUGCUACCGUACCUGACGAGCUAUGCAAGAGGGAAAGCACCAAACAGUUCCACAGUAGUGACAUCAAGUUCCCAAUGACCUUCAAGAAAGUCAGGCCCCCAACCAGGAAACUCAAGACAACAUACAAGGCUUCAAAGCCUAACUUGUUCAUGUAGAGGACAAAUUGAAUUAUUAUGAGUCACUUUGGUUUUAUGAUGUCUUUUGUUUUCUUAACCAUCUUAAAAGAUGGUUUUCUUGUGGUUCACUGUUUGAUAUUUGUGAUAUGGUUAUCGACCCGUGGUCUAUGGA